UACCCCUCUUCUCCUAGGGUUCCCCUGCCCAGAUCCGAAUCCAAUCCAAUCCCGCCCCCUCUUGCCGGCGACGGGAUGGAGGGGGCGCCGCGGCUGACGCAGGGGCGGUGAGGGAGAUAUGGGAGCUGCCGGACGGGCCGGGGACCAUCCAGCCGGUGCUGCAGGUGGCGGACCUGCGCCCCGUCACCACCAAGAACCACGUCGGCCACCAGUCGGAGCGCUACCGCAUGCUGCUCUCCGACGGCGUCCACUCGCAGCAGUCCAUGCUCGCCACCGCCCACAACCACCUCGACAAGACUGGCGCCCUCCGCCUCGGCUCCGUCGUCCACCUCCACGACAUCACCUGCAACACCAUCCAGACCCGCAGAUGAUAAGCAGCGAGACGGCGGCGCCGACGGCCAAAUGCAGGACGAGAGCAGGGACAAUAGGUCCCUGGUUGACAAUAACACAACGCAGACGCUGUCGAGCGAGGACAUCGAGGCGAUCAAGCGGGAGGGCGCGAGCGGCAACGUGGUUGUGGAGGCUUUGAUAGCGAAUAGCUCCAAUUUUGGAAAUAAGACCGUGUUCUCACAGGAGAAAUACAAACUGAAGAAACAAAACAAAUAUGCACCUAAAGUGCUUUUGCGACGCCCCUCUACCAGAAGGUUGCAAGGUUUUUGAUGAAGACCGUCUCUCAGGUGGCCACUGGGAACCAACCUCUCGGCACCGUAGCUUAGAUGGGCAACAUACAACACUUGAUGCAAUGCAAAAGCACUGUAAAUACAGCCGAAGACUGGCUCAAUCCUGCUACCGUAAAGGAGGUGUUUGAAGCUAGGGCCCUGAGGAUGGUCGUGAACUGUGCCCAGAACAUUAGCAAGGCGCCAAGCCAAGAAGAAGGUUUCUAUGAGCUCUCACCUGAUUUGCUCGAAGCUGCCGUGGCUCACGUCCAGCUGAUCAUUGUGACCAAAUUCAUCGAGAAGAUGCAGGAGGACAUCCCUGGCCCUGGGGUGAAGGAGCAGCUCCAGAAGCUGUGCAGCAUCUACGCGCUCCACCUACUCCACAAGCACCUGGCCAGGGAGAGGGCCACCGCCCACUUCGACGUCGACGCCAUGAAGGUCGCAUGGGCAGGCUCCCGACACGCCGUCGAGGUCGCCGACCGCAUGGCUAGGCUCGUCGCAUCAGACCCCAUAAGCACUGCGGCACACCCCGUAAGCACACGGGGCCUGCUGUCUACUAAAGUUUUUCUGCAAGCAUACUACAUUUUGUCGCGUGUCAUCAGAAUUGAAUUGGUAAGAUGCCUAUGCAAGCAGUGCUUUGUGCAGGAUGCUCCAUAUUACCUUUAUUUUUUUGCUGAAAUUUAUACUUAAGCAUGUUUCUUUUACCAGUGCUGCAUGGAAAUUUGGCACUACUGUAAUUAAGCAGCAUGAUAUUACUUAAAUGUUAGGUUCCGGAUGUUACCUGAAUCUCUGUAGUGUUGCUAUAGCCCCCUUGCAUGGAAUCUGUGUCGCUAUAUGUUAUGGUCACAUGUUGUGAACCAUCCUUGAAUAUGUAUGUGUGUUUUUGUGAAACUAUGUUGGAUAUGUAUGCGUGUGUGGAUUUUGAACUCAUCAUCGGUUUGUUAUUGUUGUGAACUUGUAAUAUAUUGGAUAUGUAUGCAUGACCAUUUCAUUUGUGUA